AUGGCCUCUGAACGCGAUGAAUCCAACUCGACCAGAAAUCUGACCAACCAGUUCGUGCAGCCCGCGUGGCGCAUCGCGCUGUGGUCGGUGGCUUACAGCACGGUCCUGUUGGUGGCAGUUUUCGGAAACUUGAUAGUGAUUUGGAUUAUUCUGGCACACAAGCGAAUGAGAACUGUCACCAACUAUUUCCUGCUGAACUUGGCUUUCUCCGAUGUCUCCAUGGCUGCCUUCAACACCCUCAUCAACUUCAUCUACGCGGCGCACGGAGAAUGGUACUUUGGAGAGGUUUACUGCAGGUUUCACAACUUUUUCCCGGUCACUGCUGUGUUCGCCAGCAUCUACUCAAUGACCGCGAUAGCCAUCGACAGGUACAUGGCCAUAAUCCACCCUCUGAAGCCCCGUCUGUCGGCAAAGGCCACCACAGGAGUUAUCGUGUGUAUCUGGAGUCUGGCCGUGGUUCUGGCCUUCCCUCUCUGCUACUUCUCCACCACGCGGGCUCUGCCCCGCAGGACCCUCUGCUACGUGGCCUGGCCCCGCAUGGCGGACGACCCCUUCAUGUAUCAUAUCAUAGUGACAGUUCUGGUGUACGUGCUGCCCUUAGUGGUGAUGGGCAUCACUUACACCAUCGUAGGUGUGACUCUGUGGGGAGGGGAGAUCCCAGGAGACUCAUCUGAUAACUACCACAGACAGCUCAUCGCUAAAAGGAAGGUGGUAAAGAUGAUGAUCAUCGUAGUCGUGACCUUUGCCCUCUGCUGGCUGCCCUAUCACGUCUACUUCAUGGUGACGGGUCUCAACAAGCGUCUGAGCAGGUGGAAGUACAUCCAGCAGGUUUACCUGUCUGUGCUGUGGCUGGCAAUGAGCUCGACCAUGUACAACCCCAUCAUCUACUGCUGCCUCAACAGCAGGUUUCGGGCCGGCUUCAAGAGGGCUUUCUGCUGGUGUCCCUUUGUCCACGUUUCGAGCUACGAUGAGCUGGAGCUCCGAAACACAAGACUUGGACCGGGUCGCCAGAGCACCGUGUGCACCCUCUCUCGGGUGGACCCCAGCAUCCUCAGCAAAAAGAAGAGCACCUGUCUCAGACUCAACUCUGAGCCCAGUCAUAAAGACAGUUAGUU